GGAGGGGAAGGGAGGAGGGAGGAGGGAGGAGAGUGGAGCAGGAAAGAGGAGAAAGAACCACGUCAGAGAGUGGGAUGGCUUUGUUUGAGGGAGACGGAAAGAGAAGAUCGUCCAGAAGAAACUAGUGAAUGAGCGUUUGGAGAGCUGGGCUGAGCUGGAGAGGAACCAGCUUUGCGCAGGAAAGGACAGCUUCUUCGCUCGUUGCGCCUGCAAGGACCCUACACUUUCCAAUCUUCCAUGUGCCUUUCUAAAUGGUACCAUGGGUGAGGGAAGCUGCCUUGGUGCAUUGUAGCUGUUUGGGAUGACCAGAGGCAGACGUUGCCUCAGAGAGGAAGCGGGGGAAGCAAAGAAGAAAGAAAACAUCUACUCAGAGAGGAUAAGAUCAGCAGCCCAUGUGGAUCUGAACAGGGAACCUACUGGACUUUUCUCUUUGUAAGAAAAGGAAUUUAAACAUCGGUUCUUUGAGCCUUAAAGGGCUUUGAAAGUUUUGAUUUUAUUUUUUAUCACUGGCUGUUAUCAUUGAAGAUAGAUUUGACGCCAUGUGCCAUGUCAUUGUAACAUGCCGCUCCAUGCUCUGGACACUGCUCAGUAUUGUAGUGGCCUUUGCCGAGCUCAUUGCCUUCAUGAGCCCUGACUGGUUGCUGGGAUUCCCUCGAUCGGAUUCCAGUGUGAGUAGGGCUGGAGUGGACUCCAGGGACUACAGGCCGUCUCUCGGCCUUUACAGCCGCUGUCUCUGUCGGGGACCCCGGGGGAGGGGGGAGGGGCGGGGUACAGAAGUGGCCAGUGGCUUCUGGCAGGCUGCCAUGUUGUUUCUGGCAGCAGGUACAUUAGUGCUAGGGUGUGUGGCCUGUAUCUCCAUCUUCAGUCUGUGUUUUCAGAGCAUCCUGAAGAAGAGCAUAUUCAACAUCUGUGGAUUGCUCCAGGCUAUCGCAGGCCUGUUGCUGAUGGUGGGCCUCAUGCUGUACCCUGCAGGCUGGGGUUCAGAGAAGGUGAUCAGCUACUGUGGCCCCGAGGCCUUGCCCUUCAGGCCAGCUCAGUGUUCGCUCGGCUGGGCGUUCUAUGCAGCGAUAGGAGGAACGCUGGCAACUUUCCUGUGUGCUGUUUUGUCCGCACAGGCUGAGAUUGCUACAUCCAGUGAUAAAGUCCAGGAGGGAAAGAGUCUCAUCUGCCUGCUCUGAACCUUCAGAAACCUUGGGAAAUCAUCCUUGGUGUAAUUUCUUUCACUAUGGACAAGAGUGCAUCUCAGUGGAGGGUGGACAGACAUUUCUCUGAGUGAUUUUUCUCUGUGGUAAAAUCAGCUGAAAGAUAGAAACCAUGGCAACAGCUCUUUAAACCAAUAGGCUUGGUGUUUUCUUGUGAAAGUUGCUGAUUUCUUUAACUAAUUGACAAAGUAAAAACCCAUUAUUUCCUUUCCUACAUAAGAUUAAACUGCCAAACGGGAUUCCGGUACAGCAGCAGGCUAAGGAACAUUAUUAAGUGUUUUUGACUAUGAUGGUGCUUACUUUCCUAAUAAUUAUUUCCUUAAACAAACCACUGCACUGGAAUAGCAGCAGAUUAGUUAAAGAACUCGGUAGUGUUGUUAGGGUUAUUGUGAACAGGUUAAACACUUCCAAAAAAAAAAAAAAAAACAGUGGGUAGGUAGGUUUGUAACGUCAUUACAAUGUUCAUGCACCUGCAAACCUCAACAAACCACUGAAUACCAGCAGAUGUUCCCACUAAAUUACAGAGAGAGAGACAAAAACUGUUGAGAUGUUUAAAUAUGCUCUGAUUCUGUGGCACAGCAGGACAGUAGGACUCUAGCUAACUUCAGAGGGAAUUUCUCCUGUGAAAUGGAUUGCUUAUGGGUCUGUUGCCACAUAAUAACUGAUGGAGUGUGUGCAGAAAAAUCACAGAGAAUUGCCAUAUGUUUACCUGUGGUCAGCUUUCAUGAGGGGAUGUUUGCACACAGCAGGCUGCACCAUAGCUUAUCAUGAGGUACCUUAUGACAUGAAUACCUGCAUACAAACAAGACCUGGCUUUGUAAAUAGUCCCAAGCCAUGAACAAAUGGCAUGAAAAAUCAAAUAGGCUUUGUGUAGCCUUUCCUAGAUGAAAGUAAAACUCCCAAUGGAUCACCGGAGUUCCCACUUCAGAGUGCUGGAGACCCUUUUCAAAGCUAAUUAAGACAGAUCUCCCGCUUAGUUUGGUACUUUUGGAGUAUUCCCAUUCCUGAAUCGUGCCUGUUUUGCACUUGUUCCUCAAUUCAUUUCACAUCUUGUGUUAUUUUUUUCAACCAUGCUCCAUAGGUUGCUGUAAAUAUAAUAUGACUCAUGUGAUGUUGUGCUUUUACUCAGUGUAGAUAAGAUGUGCAAUAAUUCAACUAUAAUGUUUCCUGUGAGAGUGAGGGACAUGGGUUUGGAUCAAAAACAUUUCUAGUCUGUGCUUAAAUUAAUAUGCUGACUCUCCACUGUUUUUGUUACAUUAACAAAAGAGUUACAGCAUCUAUGGAAAGUUGUGUGACUCUGCAUAUAUGAGAGGCUGAUAUGUAUGAGAUGAGAUGCAGUGUGUACUUUGUACCCAAAUAAACCAGGCCUUCUUUAGUAAAUGUAUGUGAUGUAUAAAACCUUUUACUCUGUUAAGUUAUAACUUGCCAGGGAAACACUGACACCUAGAGAUGAAAGGUUGACAGCACAGAACAGUGGCUUACAGUAUGGGGUUUUACAUUGUCAGUCCUUUUAAAACUCUUUAGGAGUUUGACCAGGGAAAUCAGGUUUUUGUUGAAUUGCCCACAACGUGUGACAACAGGUCCAGAGAUAAUGCAUCAGGGUCACAAGCCAUAAAGGCUGGGAAACACCACUGAUCCUAAGAAAAUACACCCCUUCCUCUUCCAGUCAUAUUUAAACCACCAAGAAAGACACACUUCUGCUUUUUGUGUGUAUUUAUGACAAG